CUGGGCGGGGCUCUGUGACCCUCCUUCAGCCGCUUCCUGUUCAACCUACCCUGCUAUACAGUCGCCGACGGCAAAAGAAGCCAAACUCUUCUCUUUGAUUGGAUGAUCUAAGCACUUUAGAGGGCGAGACUUGGUCGACGUCACACGUAAAAUCUAAGGUGCGUUGCGUGGACACCGGUUACAAAGGCUUGGUACAGCGUGUCCUUGGCUGUAGAGCGAGCAGUGUGUUCACCGGUGCGGAGCUCAGUUGACUGGCUGUAAGAAUUUAACAAUGGGAGACGUUGAAAAGGGAAAGAAGGUCUUUGUCCAGAAAUGCUCUCAGUGCCACACGGUUGAGAAGGGAGGAAAGCACAAGGUUGGACCCAACCUAAACGGCCUGUUUGGACGCAAGACUGGUCAAGCAGAGGGCUUUAGUUACACCGAUGCCAACAAAAAUAAGGGCAUUACCUGGAACGAGGAAACCCUUAUGAUCUAUCUGGAAAAUCCUAAAAAGUACAUCCCUGGCACAAAGAUGAUCUUUGCUGGUAUCAAGAAGAAGGGAGAGAGAGAAGACUUGAUAGCAUACCUGAAGAGCGCAACCUCCUAACUGCUAUAUCCACUGCCUUAUUUAUUUCACAGAGGGAGGGGGGGGGGGGUUGCUUGCGAUGAGAUGCUUUUUAAAUUUUAUAUAUUUUUAUUUGUAUUGUCAUUACUUAUUUUAGUGUCUCAUCAGCCAGCAAAUGUAAAAUUUAUGGGAAAAUACAUUGAAAUGAAUGUGGCUCUUCAGUGUUAUGGAUGAAAAGAUAACCAACCUGCUACUUGGACUAAAACUCACUCAACUAAUAAAAUAAAUUCUGCUCAUGCUA